AUGAGCGACGAGUGCUGGAGCUGCCACGCGCCGAUGAUCUCGAUCGGCCGCGAGGAGGUCGUGUUGGACAGCGGGAACUGGCGCUCGUCCACCGGCAGCAAGUCUCACGGCUUCCAUCUGGUGCGCUCCAAGUGGGACCCGUACCCUUGGAUCAGCUCGGUGGAGAGUGCGAGCAGCGCCCACGCCUCGGGGCUCAGGCCGGGCGAUUGUUUGCUGGAGGUCGACGGUCGCGACGUGUUGGGCCUGGAGAUGAAAGACAUCGCCUACCUGAUCGGCAAGGCCGACCGCGUGAGCCUGAGCGUCUGGAGACGACCGUCGAGAGGUCCGCGCAGAGGCGCCGAGGACGACAUCGAGGCCAACGACUUGCGCGACGAUCGCGACGGAACGCUCCUCGAAGGUCCGCUGCCGGAAGUAGCUCGCAAGCUCGUCAAGGCCGUCUCGGGAGUGGUGAAAGCGCUCGAGUGCCCGGUUUGCCUCGAGAGCGCAGCACCGCCUGUCUCCCAGUGCGUGCACGGGCACCUGUUGUGCUUCGGCUGUCGUUUGAAGACCGAACGCUGUCCCGUAUGUCGCGUGCGUCUCGGUCAAGGCCGCUGUCUUCUCGCUGACAAAUCCCAUCGCGCGCUCACCGAAGCGUUGCUCGACCCGCCGCCGCCAAGCGUUAUUGCCAGGAGCUGCGAGGACAACGGCGACGAAACGGCUGGAGCGUCUCGCUCCCUACACGACAGCAUCUUCGGCCCGUCGCCGCAGCCUAAGAAGCACAAGAGCCCGAUCUCGCCGUCGAAAGCCAAGCACCUGUUCUCCAAAAUUCUGUCGUCGAGCGCCGGCGGUGCCUGCAGCAGCAGACUGGACGAUCGAAACGUGUCCACGGAGAGUUUGCCGACGGCCGCAAUCACGAGUAUGGACGGUAAUUUGCUUUACGGUCGUAGAUGGCUGCUUCGACUUUACGACCGUCGAAAGUCGGCUAGUACCGGUGAGCUGCACAAAGGUAACGAAACGCCCGACACGGGUUCGUACACCGAAUUGAGAGAACAAGGGGCCGCCGAUUCGGGCUCGCUGCUCAGCGUACCGCAGACACCAGUUUGGGGAGGAUCCACCGAAUCAAUGACCAACUCACGGGUCUACUGUCCUCUGAGAAGCUGCAGGGAGUUGCUCAACUGUAACACCCUCAUGGCACACCUGUCCCAGCAGCACAAUGGUCCAUUGAUACACUUUUACCGGAAAAAGAUUGUCCUGCCAUUUCCUCUUCCAUUUGGCGUGGAGGCUACCUACGUCUUGCACGAGAAAGACGAAAUUUUUUUGCUUCAGAAUGAAGACGACAAAGUUUGGAUGUCGAACGCACAUGCUAACUGUGGUACAAGUUGGGAAUGGCUAUUGCAAGCUACGUCCGACGAUGGCGUGGAAUUACAUUUAAGGAAAGAAGUUGCGAGUUUGAGAGAAACUUGCGAGUUGGAACAGCAUAACGUCGCGACGAUACCGCCGAACUUUACUGGGAAACAUGUGACAAUAUCGUUGAUCGAGUUAGUUGCCGAGGGUUGCGUAAAAAUAUAA